AAUGGAGGAAUAAUGACGAAAGAUUAACGUGGCUCAACAGCAAAUGCAUUUUUUAAGUUGCAAUUGGUCUGUUCAUGUAACAAAUUCCAAUUUGAUUCGCCAGCGGUGAAUGUUUUAAGUUAUAUCAAAACUUAGACAUGAAAAUCCUUUUCCAUCGGCAUGUAUUCUAUUAUCCUGGUGCUAUUAUCACACAUACUCUAACCUUAACGGGUUCCUUCCGCCAUUCAAUAAAAUCUGUUUCUUUAAUUUCAACAAAUAGCAGACGGAGGCUUGUAACGACAUUUUCCACUUCUCAGAAAUAUAGCUGUUCAAUAAGAAAUAUAUCUACAUCCAUGGAGAAAGCUGAAACAAAUGACAAUGAGCAUACAGUGGGAAGGUGGUAUUCCCUGCCAGAUUUGCAAAUCCGCGAUCACAGGUUUUCUGUACCCCUAGAUUACAAAUCCCCUGGGGAAGCUUUGAUAACUGUUUUUGCAAGGGAAGUUGUUGGUGCGGGAAAAGAAGACAAAACGCUGCCAUAUCUACUGUACUUGCAAGGAGGGCCAGGCUUUGAGAGUCCACGUCCGGAGCAAUCAAGUGGAUGGCUGAAGAAAGCUUGUGAAGAAUACCGCGUGAUUCUGUUAGAUCAGCGGGGAACAGGCUUGUCAACACCUCUAACUGUGUCUUCACUUUCCCAGCUUUCUUCUGCAAAACAGCAGGCGCAUUAUCUGCAGCAUUUUCGUGCAGAUAACAUAAUAAAUGAUGCGGAGUAUAUGCGAGUCCGUAUUGUACCAAAUGAAGAACCUUGGACAGUUCUUGGACAGAGUUUCGGUGGUUUCUGUGCAGUUACAUAUUUAAGCUUUCAACCUCAAGGUCUGAAACAGGUCCUUUUAACUGGAGGGCUUCCACCGAUCAAUGAUGGAUGUACUGCAAACGAUGUGUAUAGAGCAUGCUACAAGCGCGUUUUAUUGCAGAACCAGAAGUACUAUGAACGAUUUCCUCAAGACAAAGAAGUUAUUGGUGAAGUAGUUCUUCACUUGGCAGAGUCUGAAGGAAUGGGGGUACCUCUACCAUCUGGAGGCAUAUUAACUCCAAGGGGUCUUCAGCUCCUUGGUCUUUCAGGCUUGGGUUCAAGUGGUGGUUUUGAACGGUUACAUUAUAUGUUUGAGAAUGCUUGGGAUCCUAUACUGGUACCUGGAACUCCAAGACAACUUAGCUACAUGUUCAAAAGGGCGUUUGAAAACUGGAUAGGAUUUUAUACAAAUCCCCUCUAUGCUCUGUUGCACGAGGUGAUAUAUUGCCAGGCGGCUGCAUCACAAUGGUCUGCUCAUAAAAUCAGAGAUGAAUUUGGGAAUACGUUUAAUGCUGUAGAAGCUGCUAAAGAAGGCCGUCCUGUCUUUUUCACUGGGGAGAUGGUGUUCCCUUGGAUGUUUGAUGAGAUUGGAGCUCUUCAGCCUUUGAAAGAGGCUGCUCAUAUUUUGGCUGCAAAGGAAGACUGGCCACCACUGUAUGACAUUGAAAGGCUCAGAAAAAACCAGGUUCCUGUUGCAGCAGCCGUCUAUUAUGAAGAUAUGUAUGUUAACUUCAGUAUUGCUGAAGCUACAGCUGCACAGAUUGCUGGUAUUAGACUUUGGGUAACGAAUGAGUACAUGCAUUCGGGCCUUCGCGACAGUGGGAGCCAAGUUUUCGAUUACUUAAUGGGAAUGUUGAAGGGAAAGAAGCCCAUCUUUUGAUAUCAUUUCUGCUUCCAGAGAGGUCUAAUUGCUAUUAGACCAAAUAAAUAAUAUCAAUUUGCUUUUAUAAAGCCAGUAGUACUUUCUUUGUGGUGACAUUUUAUAUAUUGAAGCGGCUAUCUUUUGAUAUCAUAUUUGCUUUCAUUCUGUCUCUUUCAGAGAGUUCUAAUUGCAAUUAGACCAAAUAAAUAAUAUCAAUUUGUUUUUAAAUCA